AUGUUCAAUCGUAAACUCAUGGAAUGCUCUGACGACGAGUUCGUACGCGGAUCACAAUGUGACGAAGAAGAUGAAGAUGAGCAACAUCAACAAUCUUCUCAAAGGCCUCCAUUCUACGAAAACAUGCGUACAUUUGCUCCAUCUCACAUGCACAUCUCGUGCCACUAUGAUAUACCGUAUCCUCCUCAUUUGAUUCAACCACCAGUUUGUGGAGUCAGUACAUUUACCUAUGCCAGAGAUUUCCAAGGAAACAGUAAUCCGCAACAGUUCUUUAAUGCUCCUCCACAGCAGCAGGCACAACAACAACAGCCGCAAGGAAAUGGUGGAAGUGGAGAAGAGGAUUACUGUAUUCCAAAAGCAGAGGAUAGAGAUCACACAGCUAAUUACAAUCAAGUUGCCACAAAACAAGACCGUCCGUUUGUUUUCUUUGCUUCUGAUUGUAAUUCACCAUUGGAAAUCGUCGGUGAAGUAUACUGUACUGUUCCUGGCCGUACCAGUCUUUUGAGUUCCACAACAAAGUAUCAGGUUACGGUAGCUGAAAUCCAAAGAAGAAUAAGUCCGCCAGAGUGUUUGAAUGCUUCGCUUCUUGGAGGAAUUUUGAGAAAAGCAAAGUCAAAGGACGGUGGGAAAACAUUGAGAGAUUCACUGAAGAAGUUGGGAUUGGCUUUACCAGCUGGAAGAAGAAAGCAAGCAAAUGUUACUGCAUGGACAGCUCUUGUUGAAGAAGAAGCAAUUCACAUGGCUAAAGAUUUUGCCCUAGUAUGCGAGAAAGAAUUUCAUUCGAGAGAAAUCGGAGUCUACUUGACAAAAACAUCUCUGGCAAUCGAUCCUGAUGUCGUCAAGAGAAGAGCAGCACUGGAAAUGAGCCGAAAAGUAGUCGGUGAAUUGGCUGAACUGCUUUCCUGCGAUCGGACACCUUUGACCCCAUACUUUCCAAGAAAUAUGCUUCCAAUCGAUCCUUCCGUUCAACAACAUCUUUCCACUUUACUUUGGUACUUUAAUAUGAUUCAAAAUUCUUUUCAAAAGGUUUUUUUGAGAUGA